AUGGAUUCCACUACCCAUAAGAUCUAUCAUGAACAUGGAUUUGAUUCCAGAAAACACUUGGAGGAUUACCUGUCAGAUAACCCUGAUACAGCGUUUGGAGAUGACGCCUUGAUAUUUCCCAUGGAAAAUCUAACAAGCCUUUUCAGAAGAGGUCAUAUUAAUGGAGAUGUCCUGAUUGACCUCACCUCUGGUUCCCUGGUUCAUCACCUCUAUGCGGCCUGUGAGUUUUUCCAACACAUCAUAGUCCUGAAGGUCAGUGACAGAUGCAUCAUGGAGCUGAAGAGAUGGCUGGACUCACGGACAGGAGCAUUCAAUUGGGGACAUGUCACAAAACUUCAUGCAGACAUAGAAGGAAACAGUGACCAGUAUGAGGACAAAGAAAAAAAAGUGCGAUCAGCAAUUCCACAUGUUAUGAAAUGUGACCUAGAAAAAGAAAAUAUGACGGAUCCGAUAGACUUACCACCAGCAGAUUGUAUCAUUAGUGCUGGGCUCCUAGAUGUUAUCUGCAAAGAUAAAGAUGAUUACAGGAGAUAUCUCAGGAAAUUCUCAAGGAUGCUGAAACCUGGAGGACACCUGAUAUUAAUUGGGACUUUAGAUAUAACAUAUUACACAGUUGGGAAAGAUAAGUUUCAUGCUUUCACAUAUGAUGAGGAUUUUGCCAGAAAAGCUGUAGCUGCAGAAGGUUUUGUUCUUGAUUCCUGUAAGGUUAAGAAGAGAACAUCUGUGAGUGACCUAAUUGACUAUAAGGGUAUGAUAUUUGUAGCAGCCCACAAGGACCCGUUGGUCUAA